CAUCAUCUGCUCAGAGGCACUGAUAAAAAGGAUCCAAAAGAUCUUAUAGACACAAGCAUUGUGAAAUUGCUUCUUGAGAACUUUUGCAAAGCUGUUCUAAAGAAAGCAACAAAGGAAUCUUCAAAAACAACAGUUGAUCCGGGGGUAAUGAGCUUGUUGUUCAACACCCUAAACUUUACAAUAUGCAUUUGCCGGAUUGUGCAGGAAUCGACAGAGGCAUCUGAAGAAGAAAAAGUAGGAUUUGAUGAAGAACACAUGCUUUCCCUACAGUGUCACUAUGGAAACAUUUCUGACCUGUACCUAAUUCCAGCCACUGUCAUUCUUAUACCUUUCAUAAAAGUUUCAAGAAUUUUUGCAAGUUUCUUCCACUUACUUUCGUUGCUAUUGGAAGAUGUCAAUGGUGCUGUCUUCGCAAAGAAGUUAUGCGAGGCAUCGUUCAUUCGAAUGGCAUCAGAGAUCAAAUGCAGGCUCUUAGCUGAACAGAACAAUGAAUUCAGCAUUUCUCAUAUUCAUCAGUUUCUUGUGAAUCUUGCAAAUAAACUAGAUGGCUCUAACAAACAAAUGUCUCUUGGGGCAAUCAUGGAGAAAACACUUUCUUUUUUAAAUCCCCCGCCAAGAGAAUGGUAUCUUUACUUUGGAAGGAGCUCGUCAAAUGCCGAUGUGAAUAUUGUAUUGCCUGUCAGAACAGCUUGUCUUUCCUUACUUUACUUAUCAACAAGGUUUGCAGAUGAGCCAAUCUGGAAACCAGAGACAAUCAUCAAAAGCAUCGCAAACUGUUUGUUGACUGAUUGCUCUUUUGAAGACGAUGUCACAUACCGUAACUUGUUUUAUCUAUGGUCAUAUGCCAAAGCUAAGUUUCAAAAUGAAGACCAAGAUAUACAUGAAGGAGAAAAAAGGCUUUUGUCUAUACUUGACCGAAUGAUAGAAGUCAAUGAUAUGUUUAUCAACGAAAAGUGUUUCAUAAUUUGGGUACUGACAGCAUCUGAAAGUAAGAAAGUAAAACAAUGGGUGUUAACUGAAGUAUUUUCCAGCUUAAUGCCAAAUUCAGGGGACUCGACAAAUAUCACUUUCAGUCGCACUCUUGAUAUACUUGCCUCGUUUGAGGCCAACGCAGACUUCUAUGUCACUUGCACAAACAUUGUGACAUAUCAAAAAGGCGAUAUUGUUGCACACGCAGUAAAAGUGAUGUCUCAUAUGAUCCAAAAUGGCUCUGAGGUUGACUUUGUUCCAUCCCUAAAAGAUGCGAUCGCCAAACAAAUAUUCUCGAAUGGAAGCGAUCUCGAUCACGUCAAUGUAACAGCACUGUUGACGAUAUAUAGCAAUCUUCUUACGAGAGACAUUGAUAAAAUUCAUGAUGGGGACCUUAAAUUUUCAAGCAUGGUCUGUCGGCUUUUUAUUGAAAAUCCAUAUCCCCAAAUUCGCAUUGGAGCUCUAAAUUUCUUGAAUCAGUUUCUAAGUUCUAUUGGAAAACAUGGCUAUUUAUUCCAUGCAGCUGUCAUAUGCAAAGAAAUCUUCAUCAAGGAAAUAGUUUCCCUUUUGCCAAGAAGUUUAACAUUUGCUGGAGAAUCUUUCGAGAAACUGGCUUCAGUAAGCCUUAUACUUAUGUCUCAACUAGUAAUGCUAAUUUCAUCUCAAAAUAUUGAAACGAUUCCCAUUCAAACAGUUGAGUUGAAUAAAGAACUUCUGCUCAGCGGAGUCACCUGUAAAGAAUCCCCGUUGCUGCUGAAUGCUUGUUUGCUAUUCUGGCGCAAUUUUCUUAGCACAAACAAAUCGGAAAUUGGAUUUCUAAAACACAACGGUCUUCCCUUUAAACUAAAUAACGAUGAAAUGAGAACAUUAUUGGCUCACAGUCAGAACUUGAUCUUUUGUGAAGAAAGGUUGACUAAAGAAAUGGGUUCCAGAUGUCUUCUCUCCAUCUUGAAACUGUUACGCACAACAUUACCUGAUUUCAGAAGCCCAUGGAAUAUAUUUAUUCUAGAACACUGCAUCAAAAAUUUAACAAAUGCUUCCGAGAAAGAAGUUUGCAUUCAACUUCUUCAGCAGCUAUUAGAUCAAGGAAUCCAACCACAAAAUAGAAAGACUCUAAUUUCUUCAAUAAUGAAAAUUCUGAACAACCAUCCUCUUGGAGGUCAAGCGUACGAAAUAGCUCUAAUGAAAAUCGUUUUCUUUCUUGUGGAUCAAAACUGCCUUUCAGAUGAGGAAAAAGAUUGCGUUAACUGUUACUUACACAGGCUAGAAGAUUGUUUAAAUGGAUUCAUUGCAACCAAAUCGCUUGGAGUGAGAAAUGAAACUCAUACACACUAUAGUAUAAUGAAUGGAGUUAUGUUUCCAUUAAGGAAUGAAGCUGGACUCAAUCUUAAGACGUUCUUACCAAGAAUCGUGAAAUAUAGAGAAAAAGUGACGAAACGUGACAACUAAUGACAGCAGUGAUGUCUGAUUGGACAAAUUUAUUUCCAAGUAAUAUCUAUGCCCUUAACAAUAUACUUUGUACAUAGUGUUAAGGAAACAUUUGAACAUUCAUAUUGCCUUCUAUCUUUCUAAAGUUAAGACUGUAGAACAAAUGAAGAUCUCUAUUUGUUAUGUACAUAGAUCGUCUAUGCUAAAAUUGUCUAUAAUGAGUAAAAUGUUGUGUAAAGUCGAUGCAAUUCAUUUACGUA